CAGACUUCUGUUAGAAGUUUAUAAACUAACUUUAUUUUCUUUUCAUGGUUUAGAAAAGGAAUUCAGUCAAAUUUUAGCUGUUGUGUUUCCUACUUGAACAAAACACAUUUAUUGAACAACCACAGGGAAAAAACUGCAGAGCAGAACAGUCGUGAAUGGAAAAUGUUAACACUGAAGAAAAUGAGAAAUCAAAGUUAUAUCAAAAUGUUGACAACUGGACAAAAGAGCAAGUUAGACAAUGGGCAAUUGAAGUUGUUAAGAUUGACGAGAAGUAUGCAGAAAUUCUGUUUAAGCAAGACGUGAGUGGUUCUACUUUGAGACUGCUAACCAAAAAGAAUCUUGUAGAUAUGGGCAUAACUCAUGGGCCGGCACUUCAAAUUAUUCAUGUCCUGAGACAGAAUAACAUUCUACCUGAAAGUUCAAACCAAGCUGUAGAACAAGAAGACACUAAACAUGGUUUUGAUGACAAAGGAGAAGACAAAGAAAUUGCAAAGAGUGAGCAUAAGAAGAAACACAUGUCAUUUAAUCCCAGUAUAUCACAGAACUCUAAGACUGAGCCCCUAGAAGACAAAGUAGCAAAAAAGUCAGAUGGCGAAGAGACUAUUUCAGGGAACUCACAGUCAAGCAACCAGCACCCAACCAGAAAGACUUGUAUGCCACAUCCUUUUGAUAAUUUCAGUGAUGGUUUUCAAUAUAUACACCACAAUAUUCUUAACAUACCUGAAACAGGACCGCUCAAUCUCAUUGAUCCAGCACAUGAAUUCAAAUUACUCACCAACACAGAUAAAGCACAAGAAGAAAACAUUCUAAUGAAAUUUAGCAAUGAAAUCUUUAGAUUUGCUGCAGCCUGCAUGAAUUCUCGCACAAAUGGUACUAUCCAUUUUGGAGUUCGUGAUAAUCCACAUGGGGAAAUUGAAGGAAUAAAAGUUACCAACAGAGCAGUAUAUAUUGACCAUUUUAAUAAAUACAUUGGAAAGUACUUUCCUGAGAACUGUGUCAAGAUUGCAAAAGCUUGCAUUAGAGAACCUAGAUUUGUGGAAAUAUUAGUACAAAAUGGAACUCUAUCAGAUACAUUUGUCAUUGAAAUAGAUGUAAUUCCAAAACACCUUUUCUGUGGUACAAAAUACUUCUCAACCUACACAUAUGAAUACAAAGGUCGGAGCUGGAAAAAGGCUUUCUUCGUCCGGGAUGGAGCUAGUUCCAAAAAUAUCAUUGACAAUUCAAAAGAAUUAGAAUCGUUUAAAUCUAACAUAACAUUUGUAGCAGAUUCUCGUAAAAAUGCAGAAGAAAAAUCUCUCUUAAGGCAAAAGAAGAUAGAGGAUGAAGGACUAAAACUAGUUAGUCUGCUCACUGGUAACAAGGACUUGCUAGAGGACUCUUAUUAUGACUACUACAUUUUAGUAAAAAACAAGUGCCAUUCAAAUCAAAUAGUGCACUUAGACUUUUUGAAGGAAAUAAAAUGGUUUGCUGUGCUUGACUUCGAUUUUGAAUCAGAAACAAAUGGUCUAUUCAAAAUUUACCAAAAAAAUCGAAAUGCCAAACUUCGCUUUCCAGAACAUUAUCAAAACAAAGAUGGUUCUGUUUCUGAACAGGCUGAAAAGCUGAAUCUGCAUCAGGAAACCAACUGGAUUUUCUGCAAUGGUAAAUCAGGCUUCGAAGGCAAUAAGCACCCGCCGUUAGAUCCUCUUUCCUGGCAACGAGAUAGAGCUGCUGAUGUCAGAAAACUGAUUUCAUUUCUUUCACACAAAGAUGUAAAACAGAGUGGGAAGUUUUUAGUAGUGUUUCUUUUACUCUCCACAGUGGAAGAGUCAAUGGAUCCCAUUACUGAGACAUUUAUUACAUUUUACCAAGAAUUAAAGGGACUAGAAGAGAUGCUCUGCAUUUGCACUGGCCCACAUACAUAUCAGCGAUGGAAAGAUCUUUUGCGUGCUAGAGGCGUUAGUGAUGAAGAGCUUUCAGCCAAAUGUGUUUCUAAUUUAACCCUAGAAAUGGUAAAUGGUACCAUCAUAAAAUUAAAAUCAGCUACACGAUCUUCUGAAAGACUUCUACCCUCUGCUGGUUGUUCUACUGUUCUUCUAAAGAGGGAAGAAGACUCCAUGGAAGCAUUAGAAAUCCUUUGUGUAAAUGAAUGCAAAGACACAGAGAUAGAGAAAGAUGCAGAGCAAUUUAGAAAAUUCCUGAAAGAACGUGAAGAAGAUUUUUAUCGAGGUGGUAAAGUGUCAUGGUGGAAUUUUUAUUUCUCUUCUGAAAAAUAUACGUCAGAUUUUAUCAAAAGGGAAGGUUAUGAAAAGCUCAAACAGCUAGUUAUGACUUCAUCUAGCAGUACUAAUGAAUCACCUGUAAAAAUUAUUAACCUUUACCACCAUCCAGGUUGUGGUGGGACCACAUUAGCUAUGCACAUCCUCUGGGAUCUCCGGAAGCAAUUCAGAUGUGUUGUUCUGAAAAAUAAAACACAUGAUUUUGAAGCACAGCUGACAACUUUAAUCACCUAUGGAGCAAACAAUUCUACAGGCUAUAUACCAGUGUUACUUCUUGUGGAUGAUUUUGAAGAGCAAGAAAACGUCUACAUUCUGCAGAAAGAAAUUCAGAAAGCUAUAACAGAAAAACACAUUCAUUGUGCAAAUCCUUUAGUGAUCAUUCUAAAUUGUAUGAGAUCUCAGAAUCCUGAUGAAAAUGCGACUAUCAAUUGCUUGAACAGUAUUUCUCUAAAACAUCUACUUUCUCCAAAAGAGCAAAGGGCUUUUGAGCAGAAACUAAAAGAUAUUGAAAAGCAUCAUUCAAAUCCUGACAAUUUCUAUUCAUUUAUGAUUAUGAAGAAAAAUUUUGAUCCACAGUACAUUGAAACAGUGGUAAAAAAUACUUUGAAUAACCUGGAUAUUUCCACUAAACAAGUACAGCUUAUUUACUAUUUAGUAUUAUUAAACUCUUAUGUAAAUACAUCUACAAUUUCCAUAUCACUAUGUGAAGAAUUCUUAGGAAUUAGUUCUCGAGAGCUUGGCUGCAAUAAAGAUAAGCUUAUAGAAAAGAUGGGAAUUUGUUCCAAUAUUCUCAGAUAUACUCAGAUACAGGAAUGCACAAGCUACAGAGGUCUACGUAUCAUUCACCCCUUGAUAGCAUGUCGCUGUCUAAUAGAAUUGAAACUAACCUAUGACUUGUCCAAAAGUGAAAUUACUUUGCGAUUAUUGAAAGAGGAUUUAUUUUAUGAGACUUCAUCAAAGAAAGACAAACUUAUUCGUGAUAUACAAACCAUGCUGAUCACUAGACAGCGUAAGGAGCACGGUGAUGAGUCAGAUACAUUGUUUUCCCCGUUAAUUGAAGCCAUUCAUAAGGAGGAAAAGUGUGCUAAAGUGGAAUGUGUGUUGAAACAAGCAUCCACUACAUUUAAGAAAAAUAGUGUAAUUUGCCAAGCUUUAGCAAGAUACUUCUAUAUUAAAGAAAAGAAUUUUCAGUCUGCAUUGCACUGGGCCAAAGAAGCCAAAGAAAGGGCACCACACAAUUCAUACAUAUCAGAUACAUUAGGUCAAGUCUAUAAAAGUAAGCUAAGAUACUACGUAGAGCAAAAAACAAAGAGUGCAGACAUGACAACUGAGGAACUGAAAUAUAUGCUGGAACUUGCUCAGAAUGCCUCACAGGCUUUCAGAGAAUCUCAGCAGCAAGCUGAAAAUGCAGACACUGAACAAAAUUUGCAGCACCUAAAGCUUAAAAGAAAGUUUCAUACAUAUAAUACUGCUGGUUAUCAGGGAGAAAUAGAAACUUGUCUUUAUGUUAUUGAUAUCCUUCAGCUUGUUCCUUUUUUCGGAAAAGACUUGUGGUGUAGAAAAAACAUGGCAUUAUAUCUAUCAGGAAAUAGUGAUUCGAAGACAGUUAUCCCUGCCACAGAGUGUGAAAUGUUUGAGGCCCUUACACCCUAUUCCAAUUUUUUAAAUAAACUGCAGUCACGUUUGAAAAGGGCAUUUGACUUUUUUCAAGACUACUUUGUCUUUUUCAAAACACAGACCAAUGAAAAAGAAAUUAUAGAAGCAAAAAUAUAUGAGAAGGUUCAAGAAUGUUUUACCAGAUACAUAAGAGUAUUCUGCGAUUACAGUUUUGAGCAACUGAAAAAUGAACAGGUCUCAAAGUGGUCCUUGCCUCGGCGCAGGAAAGCAUAUCAGUACAGUCUGGAGUCUUCUAAAGCAGACUCAUUUUCUGGACUUUUGGAAUACCUCCACAGAAAUCACAGAAAUGCUGACAGACAACUAGAAGACAUAGUAGAUGCAUAUGAAUUUUUGUGUGAGGAGACUUCAGAAGCAACUCUGAAAGAAAAACAGAAUUUGAUUUUGGCAAAUGUUAUUCUCAGGUGCAUUAAACCUAAAUACACCAACACGGAUCCUUUUCAGGAGCUGAGAAAUCAGCUUCAAAAUAUCCUACUGAAAGAGGAAGUGACUUCACAGUGUGUAGAGACUUUCUUCCUAGCCUCCUUGUUGUUCUGGCCUGAAAAUAGAAAACAACAAAGUGAAGACUCCAGGAAAAUGGCAAACUAUGUUAUGCGUUUAAAGGACUCUUUCAAAGAGCGCUAUGGAACCUUGUGUCAUUACAAGCUACCUCAGGCUCAUUUCUAUCUUGGAAAAGGCAGUGGCCUGAAAAAAUUUGUUCACAAAGGAAAAAUUGAUCAGCUAUUUAGUUCACUUCCAGACCAGGAAUUGAAUUCCCUCUGGCAGAGUGAAAAUAUCUGGAAGGAGAAGGCUGUUCAAAAUCUUUUGCUUUCUCUGAACGGAAGAGCUGAGGAUAAUGUUAUCUAUGUAGACUAUGGCAGUAAUGAAACCUUUAGGGUACCAGUGCAGCCGGUUCCUUCAUUCCUGUGGAAGAGUGGUCCAAACGUAGAAAGAGUGUCUUUUUACCUUGGAUUUUCCAUCGCUGGUCUCUUGGCAUACAACACUGAAAGCUUGUCAUUAAAACAAUAGGUAUUCCAGCAUUGCUGUCACAAGACUUCUUUAGACAGAGCUAUCCUUAACAUUUUGUCAACAAUUGCAAGUGACAACUUCUGAUUAUCCAUUAUAUUUCAUUCCUCAUUAUGUUAGUCUUUCACUCCCAUGCAGAACUGCCUCCCUACUACAAUAAUCACUGUUUGGAUAAUCAAUCAGACUGAAAUAUUGGUGCUAGUACUAUAAACUUGUCAGAAUUGCCAAAAAUUCUUCUUUGGUUGCUGUAAACAUGAGGAACCAUUCAGAAAAGAAAAGAUAAUUCUACAUACUUUGAAAAUGUAACGACAAAGUUAAAUACCAUCUCUUUUAAGAACCCUGCUAUCAUGCUAGCUUUUUUGCCACUGUUCCUAAGGAAGGAUAUGUCACUAUCCUCAUGUUGCUGUGUAAGCAAUAUAUGACCAAAGAAAGUAUAUUAGAAAACAUGUAUCCUUUAACAUGGCCUGAUGCUUCAUUGUAUCUGCUGUUGGCACAAACAUUGAGGAAUGAAAAGGCCAUUCAGCUGCAAAGCAGCAUUUUGUCCUCUGUUGUCAUUGCACAUACUUGUAAUGCAAUCCAUCUGUAUUCUUUCAUUAUUUUAAAUCCCAUUGCUUCAAAUAUUACUUGACAGUGUGCUCUAGGAUAGGAUUACGCAACAUAUUUAUUCUGCUAUAGUGCAGCUCUUCUUUUAGUUGCAAAUAGGAAAAAGGAGGUUGAACAUAUAAUCCAGGCUACUGUUUAACUAUAGCCAAAAUAUAUUUCUCUUGGUGCCUACCUGUAACAGUGAGUGUCUUUCACUGACCUUACACUUCAUGUUAUCCUGUAUCCACUUUGUUUCUACAGGAUGCUUUUAUUACCUGCAGUAUACUACAUGAACUUUUCAUAGUAAUUCAUUAUUUGUUAUACUUAGUUCUUAGGAUAUCGAUGUACAAUUUAACAAUCAUUGAACUACUUAUCUUUCCAAAUAAAGUUUUAUAGCAAGAAAUUUGCCAUGUCUUCAUUGCAGUUGAAGACUUUGGUCUUCAUUUCAGUCAACCACAUCUCUUCAGUGACAUCUAAGAAUUAAAAGGAUUUUUUUGUGCUCAAACUCAGACUAUCUGUAUAGUAUGGCUAUUUACUAAUAAACCUUAGGAUUUUGCAGUGUAUUACAUGCUAGGUACUUCACAUGUGUGAAUUUACAUAAAUAUAAAUUAUAUUACA